UGAUUGGCCGCGGGGUUAAAUUUGUUUUUUAAUUAAUUUUCUCAAAACAAAACUUUCUUCUUCGCAAAACACAUUCAACAGCUCAAUCUCCUUUCUGCGAAAAAAACAAAAACGAUUGAUUCAAAUCGAGUGGAGGAAUCUGGGUCCUUCUUGCAUGUCGAGUUGAAUCGAUUGAGGUAUGGAAAUCGAAUCGAAUCGAGGCGAGGGAGCUGUGUGUAUUAACGACUUCUCUCCUAUUGGGAAGAAAACGAAGGAGACUGCAAAUCGAAGCGAUGGUAACCCGGGUCCUUGAUGCAUGUGGAGUCGAAGUGAUGUAGAUGUGGAAAUCGAGUCGAACAAACCAGAGCUUGUUCAUCCGGCGAGGAAAAGUUCUCAGCAGGACACAUUCUUAAGCUAAGCCAUCGACAACACUUAUGGAUUCAUAUACUGACUCCGGCUUCAUGGACCUUCUAAACAGCCAACAGCACACACAAACCCUUCAACCCAUUGAAAAUGUCUCACAAAACAUCGGUCUUGGGGAUUCAGAGGCUAGUGUGUUCGAAACUGAUUGGUUCGAUGGUGGAAGUGAAGCUGAGUGCGUGCCCAAAGAAGCUCCGAAGUCAAGAAAGAAAUGGAGUCCCCCAGAGUAUCUAAUCCUCAUAAGUGCUUGGCUUAACACAAGCAAAGAUCCCAUUGUUGGGAAUGAGCAGAGGGCAGAUGCUUUUUGGAAGAGGAUAUCAACAUAUUACUGCUCAAGCAAGAAAUUAGGUGGUAUGGAAAAGAGACUCCCAAUACAAUGCAAGCAAAGGUGGUGUAAGAUCAAUGAAUCCGUCUGCAAGUUCGUCGGCUGCUAUGAGGCUGCAUCAGCUCAAAAAAGAAGUGGUCAGAAUGAAAAUGAUGUGAUGAAGCUUGCUAAUCACAUUUACUUGAAUGAUCAAAAAAAAAAAUUCACUUUGGAACAUGCUUGGCGAGAGUUAAGGCAUGAUCAAAAGUGGCUUCCCAAGGAAGCAAAUGGAGGGGCAAGCAAACGAAGAAAGGCAGAUGAAGCAAGUAGUCACGGAGGAGAAGAAGCACCGGCGAGGCCUCCAGGUGUGAAGGCUGCAAAAGCAAAAGGGAAAAGGCCUGUCAACAGGCCUGUCAACACCGGCGAAGGACAAAAGUCAGUUAUGGCUAUGGAUUUUGGAACUAUGUGUGAGAUGAGACGUCAAGAUUUUGCCUUGAGAGACAAGCUAAGUAGGCAGAAGAUGUUGGAGGGCCUUCUGGCUAGAGCAGAUCAAUUAACUGACACUGAAGAAGCUUUUAAGAACCAGCUAAUAGCUGAGAUGAUGUGAAAUUCCAAAACAGCAUAUGUUUCUUGCUUUUUAUGUUUAAAAACCAUGUAUGUUCUUGCUUUGUUUAGAUCGGUUUAUGUUUGGUAAGUUUUAGGACUAGCAAAUGAAAAUGUUGUCCUUGUUUCAUAUCAGUUAUCGGUUUUAGGACUAGUACUGGUUUAGUUAUUUUGAAACUUAAAGACUUUAAGUUUUAUGAUGUAUGAUGAAUGAGAUUUGGUUUGUUAUUUUAUGAUGCAUGAGAAUUGGUUUCAAUAUUGGUCUUGAUAUUGGUUUGAGUAAACAAAAUGAUAUU